AUGAGACUUUUAGGGGUUGGGAGAGAAGGUAUAAAUAUCUUUUGUAGCAUGAUGGAUAUUUGCCACGGGAUAACAAUAAUUUUAAAGAUUUUAUCAUCAAUGGGAAUAACAAUUGGGCCAGAAUCUCACGCAUUCGUGAACAAACGUGAUCAAGUCCGAAUUAACAGGUCCGAGGUACGAGCUACUGAGGCUUCCAAGAAAGCUAGAACUGCUAAAUCAUCUGAAAGAGCUUCACUAAACAUGAUAUUUAAAGUCGAAGAAGGUACUUUGUACGGAGCAGGGAUAGCUGAUUAA